AUGUCUUAUCAAUCAACAGAAAAUAAUCAUGUACAAGAACAAGAUAGAGCACCGGAACCUGCUGCUACAGAAAGACCAGAAUCGUCUUCAACUUUAGAAUCACAACCUUUAUUAGAUCCUGAUGAUCCUCAGGUUUCAGUUCUAAAAUUAGAAAAAAUCAAAUUAUUAAAAAUAACAACUGAAGUAUUAGUUUAUAUUAAUUUCAUUUUACUAAUUGUUUUAUUAGCAAGUGAUUUCUUUGCAAUUCCUGGGUUUAAUUACGGUAGUAAAUCAUUUUUAGGGUUAGAUUUGGUUAUACUUUGUUUAUUAGUCAAUUUUUUAAAUAAAAUUACAUUUGUUGUACCAGCUUAUUAUGAAAGGAUAUUAGGUUAUAUUAUAUCAAGUUUAUUAUUCUUAGAUUUAAUUGUGAUAUUACUUGUACCUGGUUUACGUCAAACUUAUGGAAUUUUAGGUAAUUUAUUACUUUUAUGGACUGGUUUAAAUACUUUAUUAAAUUCUUUUAUUGAUUAUUGGGUUGAACAAGGUACAAAUUAUCAGCAAAUUAGACUAACUGGUAGAGUUGAAAAAAGAAAAACUGUUGGUGAGUUAUUUGUUAUAUUUAUUAAGACAUUAUUCCAAUUAUUUUUAUUAUGGGUUGUUUGGUGUAUUUCUUUAACUAUAUGGUUACUGGCUUUUGAUACUCAUGAAAAACCAUGGGGGAAAUUAGUUCCGGUUAAUAAUAAUCAAUUCAAAGUCCAUUUAGCUUGUUUUGGUGAUAUGAAUAAUGGUACACAACCUAUAGUUUUAGUUGAAGGUGGUCAAUUAACUUCAAGUGAAGCAUUUCAAGAAUGGAUUGAAGAAUUGUAUCAUUUAAAUAAAAUUGAAAGAUAUUGUAUAUGGGAUAGACCUGGUUAUGGUUUCAGUGAUUCUGCACCUCCACCACAAUCAAUUGGUAUAAUAACUGAAUAUUUAAUUGAAGCUUUAAGGACUGAAAAAAUCAAUGGUCCAUUUGCUGUUGUUGGAUUUGAUAUUGGUGGAUUAUAUGCAAGAAUGUUCGCUAAUAGAAAUAGAGCAAAUAUUCAAUCUAUAUUAUUUGUUGAUAGUUGGCAUCCGGAUUUAUUGAAAAGAUGGCCAUUCAAUGGUAAAAAAAAUGAAAGUACAAAAGUAUUUAAAGGUUCUUUGGAGGUUAUGGAUAAUAUACAAGGUUUUAAAUUAUGGGCAAAAGGUUUUAUAAGUCCAUUAGGUAUUAAACCAAGUUUACAUUGGUUUUUACAUCCAAUGAAAUUUUCAAGUAAAAGUAGAAUAUUUGGUAGGGAUAUGUAUUAUCAAUCUAAGUACCUUAGAGCAAGAUGUCAAGAACAGUUAGUAAGUGGCAUAUUAUCAUAUAAUGAAAUUACACAAGCUGAUAUAAAUGGAUUACAAGUUGGUGUUAUUUCAUCUGAUUUUAUGAUAAAGAAGUCUUUAAAUUGGGGUAAAUGGCAAAGGGAAUUGGGUAAAUUAAGUGAUAGAACAGCUGAAUGGGUUAUAGCUGAGAAUAGUGAUCAUUUUAUUUGGAAAAGUGCAAAAGGUAGAGCACAAUUGUCGGAGUUGUUAUUAAGACUAAUAGGAGAAAGGAAAUAUUAG